AUGUCUUGGGAGGUUCGAUUCAGCAACUCCCGCAGGCUGCCAUACUUUUACCACCCUGUCACUCAGCAGUCGACAUGGGAGAUUCCUCAAGGUCACACAGAAGAGUCCAUUUGCUCGCUCCCAGGCGCCAAGUAUCUCGAUCCAGCCAACGCACCCGCUGGUGCAUCCGACAAACCGGACAAGCAUACUGACAAGCCUUACUAUCCCCUCGGACAUGGGAUACAGGCCAACAUCACAAGAUCCAAGGACGAGGCUAUCGAGCAACUCAAGAAGUUCGAACAGGAGCUUCAGCAAGACUCGAGCAAGGAAACGUUUGCCUCCCUUGCCAGUGUCAACUCCGACUGUUCGUCAGCAAGGGCAGGCGGCGACCUCGGCUUCUUCCAGCGAGGUCAGAUGCAGAAGCCUUUCGAAGACGCCGCUUUCGCUCUCAAGCUAGGCGAACUCAGCAGCAUCGUUGACACUGACAGCGGUGUUCAUCUCAUCUACCGCACUGCCUAA